GAAACUCGGGGGAGUGGGGAGCAGUCGCUUAUGUUAAUGCACCUCAACUACGUGACUACCUCCCGUGGUCAUCAAAUAUCAUAUCCUGGUGGCCCUCAUCAUACCAAUCAUACGCAACUAAACUUGUCAGAACUUCACAUCGUUUCAACUUGUAAAUCAUGAAGAUUCUUGUUCUUGGCAUGCCCCGAACGGGCACGCAAUCCCUCGCAGAUGCCCUAGCCUAUCUCGAUAUCUCACCCGUAUACCACAUGCGGGAAGUGGGCAAAAAUAACCAUCAGGCACUUUGGAUCGAAGCGCUCGAGGCCAAGUUCGAUGGCAAAGGCCAGCCCUUUAACCGGGCCAAAUUCGACCAGAUACUGGACGAGUUUGAGGCACUCGCGGACUACCCAGCGGCCAUCUUUCCCGUCGAACUCAUGGCCGCCUAUCCAGAGGCAGUCGUCAUCUUGACGACGGGCGCCAAUGAGGAUCGGUGGUUCAACUCUAUGAUGGCGACGCUCUGGCACCAGCAUACGCAUCGGGCUGCAGAUUCCCCCUCCGCCAUGGCCGUCCUUGCUGGGAAGUACCACGACAACUGCUGGGGCGGUGAUUUUCCCACCCUGGGAAGGACGGCAUAUCGCGCACAUAAUGAGUUGGUGAGGGAGGAGGCGGCUAGGACGGGGAGGAAGUUCUUGGAGUACGGGGUCGGUCAGGGUUGGAGACCGCUUUGCGACUUUUUGGGUGUAGAGGUGCCGGAUAAGCCGUAUCCGCGGACUGAUGAUUGGAUGGGAUAUAAGAAGAUGGUUGAGGAGAAGAAGAGGAAGGAAGCGGAUGCAGGUGCCCAGACUUGAGACGGGGUUGCUGUAGUUUCCAGAGC